AUGGCACCUACUGUCACUGUACCCAUGACCUACUCUUCUGAACAUCUAACACUCAUCAAUAAGCAGAGAAAGCCUUUGGUGGAGAAACUGCGCAGAGAUCGCAUCAACAACAGCAUUGAGCAUCUCAAGACUUUACUGGGCCAGGAGUUCCUAAAGCAACAUCCAGACUCCAAGCAGGAGAAAGCUGACAUCCUGGAGAUGACUGUCCACUUCCUGAAACACAAGCAGCAGCAGCAUCCCUCCACCUGCUCAACCACAGCCAGUGAGGGCUACUCCAGGUGUAUGCAGGACGCUGUCAACUUCCUGUCCCAGUGUGAGGUGCAGACACAGUCCCAGAGAAGACUGCUGAGUCACUUCCUACACAAGCUGCCCACAGUGGACAAGAGCACCAGGGUCCAGCUUCAGCCCAGCUCUCCAGUCCGCCACAGCAGCAGCAAACAGAAGACUUCAGGCUGCACUGCACUCUGGAGGCCCUGGUAGAGCCAUGUGGACCCAUAAUGUUGACCAACAGAAUUCCUCUUGUCAGUCUGUGACUGACAUGGACAGUAAUUCUA